CAACGCACUGUCUCGAUGGACUCGACUCUGUCCUCCCUUUCAUCAUCAACUGCUCCCCAGCCUAUCGUUCGCUCGCAGUCAGCCACCUCAUUAGAGCCGACUGACAUUCCCACACUGAUCGCAGCUGCUGGCUCCGCUGAGGCCGCUAUAGCAAAGCUUUUGCAAGAGAAACAGUCAGCGUCGACACACACAUCCCAGUUAUGGAGGCUUGUCGAGAAGCAAAGAGCCAUGAUCCUUGGACUUAACAAGGACUUGGAGCGUACGCUCAAAGAGAAGGAAAAGUAUCGCAAAAGGCUCAAAGAUCUGCUCGGCGAGCAGUCUUCUCGUCCACCAGCCAUGAGGGAAAGCCUUGGUUCUACAAGUCUUGACAGCCAGUCUCCCAAUAUACCAGCUUCCAGUCCUCCCCUUCCCACGAGCACAUCUCUGGAUAGUCUGUCCGCAGGCUUGCAAAGACCCAGCCGCGUUCAGCCAUCCGAUUCAUCGUCUUCUUUGCCCGGUCUUCAAGGACGCUCCGCUGCAAAUGGCCCGCAAACCCCCAGCAUUACCGACACUCCACAAGUGGUAUCGCCCAAGUCCUUCUCGAGUCCGAACCAGAGGUUACGCAAGGAGAAGCCUGCUCCCCUGGAUCUAUCGAGUGCCCCAACCAUGCUUCGCGAAGCUUCGGAUUCUGAUGAUACUCCCCCACUUUCGAGAGGAAGAAAAAAGACAAGAGCAGAUGACGAUAGGCUGAGGGAAGCACUAGCCAACCAAGGCCAGCAUAAAGAGACAGCUCAAGAUAGCAGCAGGAGUGCUCCUCCUCCUACCCGUCACCCCGUCUCUCUGACUGUGCUGAGUCCCGGCCUUCCUCUGAGCCCUCGUCCCAGCGAUAGACCCAUGAACUCACCCAUGCCUAGGGCAUUGAAACAAUCACUGACAUCGAUACCCACUUCUCCUAGAACUUAUCACGCCCUUGCGGCAAACUCUAUGUCUGAUAGACUCGCUGUUCCCUCACAAAACCGGAUGGCAGAACCUGAACAACUAUCGAACGCAUCCGCACCAAGAUCUCCUGGUGAGAUCUAUCGCGGGCUUGUAUCGGAGCAAUAUCCUGGUCUCCUCUUGCCUCCAAAUGCUCUACCUUCAAUCUAUGUGAAAGUCGACUCCUCACGCCUGCGGCCGUCUAGACAAAGUUACAUGGCACCAAAGCCGUCUGAGGAGAACCCUGUCAUCACGCUUGCCGUUUUCUCCAGAUCCGAUAGAUCACAAUUAUGGCGUGUGGAGAAGUCAUUGACUGCUAUGUCCGUCUUUGACCAGCAAAUCAAGGUUGCAUCUAAUUUCAGAACAAAGCUGCCAGAUCGUUCUUUGUUCACUGGACAUGCUCCUGCUCGAAUGGACGCGCGCAGGAAUGCCCUCGGUCUCUAUUUUGACAGCAUGCUCGAUACACCUAUGGAUGACCAAGCUGCCAUCAUCAUUUGUGGCUUUUUGACUGCCGAUGCGAUCGGUCCUGAUAUGCCCGAGUACUUCCCCCCAGAAGCGACCAAUCCGACCAAGAACGCCGCAGCCCAAGGUGGGGGCAUUCGCAAGGAUGGCUACUUGACGAAACGUGGAAAAAACUUUGGUGGUUGGAAAGCUAGGUACUUUGUUCUGGACGGACCGACUCUCAAGUACUUUGAAGCUCCCGGAGGUGCACUUCUAGGCUCAAUCAAGCUAUCGAGUGCGCAAAUUGGCAAACAAGCACAACACACGACACGAUACGAAGACGAUGAUAGCGAUAGCGAAUAUCGUCACGCUUUUCUUAUCCUGGAGCCCAAACGCAAAGACUCCUCAAACCAUGUGCGUCAUGUACUUUGCGCCGAGAGCGAUGAAGAACGCGACGCUUGGGUUGAAGCUUUGCUGCAUUAUGUUGACCCAGUUGCGUCUCCUACCACGUUGAGAAAGCAAGAUUCGCUACGUGCGACGCGCAGCCCGCGUCUCCAGAAGUCAAUGAAUGAUCUCUCAUCAGCGAGUUCGAGGCCGUCGGAUAGCUCAUUGAUGUUGCGAAGCAUCCCUUACCAAGCUACAGUGCCUGCCGAAGCGCCUGUAAUUGGACCCAGCCGCGAUCUUGCUACGCCUUCGCCAGUCAACUCCCCAGCAAUUGGUGAGGGCGAGCAUCACCACGAUUCAAGUCACCUCCCCCAAAUUUCUGGUCCAACCAAUGGUGCAGUCAUUCAGAAUGCGGAAUCAUGGGGCAACAAAAGAGAUCCUGUUACUCAGACCAAGGACAAAAAGCGAAGCAUUUUUGGAUUCAGGGGUCGAUCAUCAUCUGAUACAGCCCCUGGUAGUGUACCCAAGGACCUGGUCCAAAGUGAAUCACCUGUCCUUGUUCGGCCAAUCUUUGGUGCCCCUUUGGCCGAAGCCGUGGAGAUCGCUCCACCACUGGACGUGCCUGUUCACCUUCCUGCCGUAGUAUACCGGUCCAUCGAAUACUUGAGAGCCAGGAAUGCCUCGUCUGAAGAAGGCAUCUUCCGACUCUCUGGUUCGAACAUCGUCAUCAAGGCAUUAAAAGAGCGAUUCAACACAGAGGGCGAUGUCAAGCUUCUCGAAGGCCCAUACUAUGAUAUUCAUGCUGUUGCGAGUCUGCUAAAACUUUAUCUACGAGAAUUGCCGGCCAGCAUUCUUACCAGAGAGCAUCAUCUUGAGUUCCUCAAGGGUUUAGACCUUGAUGAGAGAGUCAAGGUUGAAGUUUUCAAUGUCCUUGUAAACAAAUUACCACGGGCAAACCGAGAGUUACUGGAUAUUCUGAGCACAUUUCUGCGCGAAAUUGUGGAUAACGAGGGUAUGAACAAGAUGAGCGUCCGCAAUGUUGGCAUUGUCUUUGCACCGACACUCAACAUACCGGCUCCCCUCAUAUCUCUCUUCGUCAUGGAGAACUCGAGAGUUUUCGGACCACCUAUCGACAUCACUACCCCUGUCACACCGUAUCCUGCGGAUACACCGCUCUCAGGGGUGACGCCUGAAGGUGUCAGGUCGCCUCGACAGAAGCCUAGCAGUGACUUUUCAGCGCCCAGCUACAAUCAGAACGGCUUC